UCGCGCGUAAAGUUGUGUUGACAGGAUCGGCAGGAGUUGUCAGCGGAACAGCAGCAGCCGAAUGGAGUAACCAUAAAGCUAUAACUCCAGACGGAUCAUCUGUUAUUAUUUUAGAAGCACUGAUUACACAGUCAAAACUGCGAAACCAUGGCCGACGACCAGUCCACUCAAUCCUGGACAAUCGACAGGGAUGACUACGAACUCAAUGAGGUGAUAGGGAGCGGAGCCACUGCAGUCGUCCAGGCAGCAUACUGCAGGCCCAGGAAGGAGAAGGUGGCCAUCAAACGCAUCAACCUGGAAAAAUGUCAAACUAGCAUGGAUGAGCUCCUGAAAGAGAUUCAGGCCAUGAGCCAGUGCCACCAUCGGAACAUCGUGUCUUACUAUACCUCCUUCGUGGUGAAGGAUGAGCUGUGGCUGGUGAUGAAGCUGCUCAGUGGUGGCUCAGUGUUGGACAUCAUCAAGCAUAUCAUCUCUCGUGGCGAGCACAGGUCCGGGGUGUUGGAUGAGGCCAGCAUCGCCAGCAUCCUGAAAGAGGUCUUGGAGGGUCUGGAGUACCUUCACAAAAACGGACAGAUUCAUCGGGAUCUCAAAGCUGGAAAUAUCCUUCUUGGAGACGAUGGCUCAGUGCAAAUUGCCGACUUUGGUGUGAGUGCCUUUCUAGCAGCCGGAGGAGACAUGACGAGGAACAAGGUUCGGAAGACGUUUGUGGGGACACCGUGCUGGAUGGCUCCUGAGGUCAUGGAGCAGGUGCGCGGCUAUGACUUCAAAGCUGACAUUUGGAGUUUCGGGAUAACAGCCAUUGAACUGGCCACAGGGGCUGCACCAUAUCAUAAAUACCCUCCUAUGAAGGUGCUGAUGCUGACUUUGCAGAACGACCCACCCUGUCUGGAGACGGGCAUCGCAGACAAAGAGAUGGUGAAGAAGUAUGGCAAGUCGUUCAGGAAGAUGCUCUCCCUGUGCUUACAGAAAGAUCCUGAAAAAAGGCCAACCGCUGCUGAGUUGCUGAAGCAUAAAUUCUUCACAAAAGCCAAAAACAACGAGUAUUUGCAGGAGAGGCUCCUAAACAAAGGUCCAACAAUAAAUGAGCGUUCUAAAAAGGUGCGUCGUGUUCCCGGCUCAAGUGGGCGCCUCCACAAGACGGAGGACGGGGGUUGGGAGUGGAGUGACGAUGAGUUGGACGAGGAGAGUGAGGAGGGCAAAGCUGCUGUGGCUGCUCUGCGGUCCCCCAGAGUGAAGGACGGUUCCCAGAAUCUGGAGCUUUUCCCAGCAGCUGACGGCACCACGGGAAGUCUGCAGCCGCCUGGCGUGGCACAGGAGAGGCCUGCAAACGUGGGCCAAACAGGAGAGGAAGCGGCACCGCAGGCUCCCGCUCAGACAGCAAGCCCUUCACAUGCACCCGCUGCUCAGGAUCCAGCUGCAGCCAAUGCCAGUGUUCCCAUCAGCCUCGUCUUGAGACUGAGGAACCCCAAGAAGGAACUCAAUGACAUCCGAUUUGAGUUCAUGUCUGGCAGAGAUUCUGCUGAUGGAGUUUCUCAGGAGCUGGUCUCAGCCGGUCUGGUUGACGGGAGGGACUUGGUCAUUGUUGCUGCCAAUUUGCAAAAGAUUGUUGAUGAUCCUCACAACAACAAAAAUGUGACUUUUAAAUUGGCGUCUGGCGUGGAGGAGUCUGAAAUUCCUGACGAUGUUAAGCUCAUUGGAUUUGCGCAGCUCAGCAUCAGUUAAGUCGAGCAGAGCCAGAAAUAAAGGACAGAAACUAAUGGUAUUGCACAGCUGCAGUGUAGUCAAUUCCAAGAAACCACUACUGCCAAAGACAGGAGGAGGAAGACGUUGAUGAUGAGGAGGAGGAGACGUGGAGCUGGCAGGAGUGUGACACUACUGCAGGAUGCAUGAGGACCACAGAGAGAAGAGGCUCAGUUCAUCACAGGAAUCACACUUGAAAAGUUUACAGUGCGCUUAUACAGUAAAUGGGAGAAGAGAUGCAAUCAAUUAUAUCAACUCCUAAUUUCUUUUAUUUUCUUCCUCUUCAUACAUAAGCACAAUCCAAACCAUCUCCUGCCAGUACUGGAAGUGAUUGCCUUUUUUUUUUUUAAUUCAACUGUGCCACAAAACUCCAGUGUCGUGCCACCUCUAUACGGCACUUUAUGCUACACUGAAAUUGAAAAAGUGUAAAUUCAGCCUUAGUAAGACAAAUUAUAAUUUUUUCUGAAUAACAAAAUUGCCUAUAUGUGAUUAUGGGGUGUUUUCAAUGUACACUCAUCCAAGAAAUGUAAGAAAACAUCCCAUAACACAGAUACAGAGAACCUUUAAACAAACAGUAGCUUAGUGUUAGUUUUAUAAAUCUGUAAAUUCAGAUGGAAUUGAACUUUAGAAUAUGACAAAAUGACCAGAUUUCUGUACAAGGCAGCCCAGACGUGUGGUGUGGUGGUUUUGUCAAAGCAUAACCAAAGAGUUGAGACUCUGACUGGACUGCUUAAAUCCUUUAGAUCCACACAAAUCCAGAGUAACGGCUCUGCCCCAUGACUGCAGGAAAAACACUUUGAAAGAUCAUUCCCCCAAGGUUUUCAAAGACAGGAAUAUUUAGACCUGCCUAUUAUUCUUGUACUAUGCAAUAGGUAUUUUCUUCUCACCGUAUGUGACCACUGGUUGCUGAAACUUUUUUUUGCUUUGGUUGAAUUAAACCAAUAUCUGUGUUUGCGUCUCACACUGAGUUCAUGAAGUUGUCCUGCCAACCAGGCAGCUCCAGGCAGCUGCAGGGAGAAUUAUUUUCAUUUUCACAAGUAGUUUAAAAAAAACGUAACAAACCAACAGACAGACACGGGUAAUGAUUGCUGUUUUCUUUGUCCCCUGUAAGAGGAUGUUAUUAUUGUUGACCUAUUAUUAUUGAUCUAACAGCUGGGAAGAAUCCUGAAUGCUGGCAGUUAGUGUUGAGCCUGGAGCUGCUCGUUUUACAGGCUGACUUUAAAAUGAACUUCUGUGGGGAUGCGCACACACAAAUUGAAACAAAUUCCUCCAGAGAGAAAAACAGUUUAAAGGGGCAGUUCAUUCAAAUUGGAAAAGAAGAAGCUUGUGUCUUACCUCUUGUGGUAUUCAGAUAUGGAGAUAGUUUUAAUCGUCUUCGUGGAACGUUUUUGAGAUUUGUGUCUCUGAGUACAAUGGAGUUUCAUCUGAGGUCAUGCUCGUCACUUUAGUGAUGUCGAUUGUGGUCCACUGUUCAAGUAAACCACUCUGAUUGAGACUUCAAUAACUCAAAAACUGUUUCAUCCAUUGACAGGACUUUUGGCUCGAUGUAUUUCAGGUCUGUUAUUGCUGAAUACUCAUGACAUGAAGUCCUUCCUUUUUUCAUCUAGCAUCGUUAGCGGGUCACUUUUUCAAUUUGUUCUACAUUUUGGUUAACGACCAAUCAGCUGCUAAGUAUUUUACAUUCCCAUUAGUCUCAGCUGAACUCUGUUUGGUUUACAACGAGCAAAGUUUACAUGCUAACAUGCUAAACUGAGAUUGUGAAUGUGGUAAAACCUCUGAACCUGCUCUAUAUCAGCGCUGUCUUUGUGAGCAUGUUUGCAUGCUGAUGUAAGCAACAAGUCCACAGCACUGCUUGACUUCAUCAUGGAUGUAGGCUGAUCUUUGUAAUUCCAUAACUUAAAUCUGAUGAAGUUUAACAUUAGGUGAACACGGACCCUGCUGUUAAAAAGUCUUAUUGGAACUGUGUGAAUAUAGUUCCUUCUGCAGUCGAGCAAUUAUUAGUUUUAAUGGUUAAUAAAGAAAUGUUGAUUCAUUUUGCUCACAUUAGCGACGUGGUUUAAAAACCUUUGUGCUAUUUUAGUGAAUCAUCUCAAAGACUUGCACAUGAGUUGCCAUUCAAAUUUGGUGUACACAAAUGAUUCAAAUGUUAUCAUGCUAACUAAGCAUAGGGAAUGUGGUUAACACCACAUCCGCUAGAUGUUAGCAUGUUAGCAUUGUGAUUGUGAAUAUGUAGGCAUUCUGCCAUUGGCAUCUAAAUUAUUGCACAUCCUCGCAGAGCUGCUGGCAUGACUGUAGACUCUUCAACAUCACACAAACUCCCAUUUUCCUCUGUAGUGUUACUGAGCAGCACAUGGACUGUCAAACCUCGGCUAAUAAAACCAAACUUGUUCAUGUCUGGAUACCACUGUUGGUAAAUUAAACAAAUCUAUAUUUGGGUGAAGUAACCCUGUUAACGUCCUCCAGAAGCCAGUAUUUUCUUUAGUCUUUUUGUCACUAGGCAACUUGUUUUGACCGUACUGUAGUCUGCUUUUUAAACACUCACCAACGAAUCACUGUCGUCACUCCCAAUGUAGCCGUGUGGUUGUUUUCGUACCACGUGCAAAGGGCUGUGAAAGAGCUCCAAGUUCAGGUACUGAUGUAAAUGGUGUAUGUAAAAGAUGUUGUAAAUGUACGUAUGAUGGCAACUCCAUGCACUGUCACACAAACAUCCUGAGGUUUGUAUGUAACGAUGUAGAUGCAAUGACUCUUUAAGUGUACAUGUCGGAUAAAAGGAACAUUUAACUUGUAAAUAUUGAUUACAGAUUGAAACAGACCGAGGCGCAUCAUGUUCAUUAGACAGAGUUUAAUUUGUUUUGUAGUGUUUCCCACUUUUAUUGGCCUUUUUGUCGGAGCAUCACUAACCAUGCACAAAUGAUUUGUUCAAUUGGCACCUUAUUGAUCUGCUAACAUGCAUUUUAUUUUUCUUUGAUAAUUACAUGGGGAUUCUUUUCAAAAACACUCUGUGCGUUGACGUCAUGAAAUGCAUUUUUUCUCACUGAAACCUGUCAGAGGCGUCUUCAUGAAAUGCUGUUUUUAAAGUGGCACAGGUUACACUUCUCUCCCUGCGUGUGUGUGUACUUGUGUGAUUUGGUGAUACAAUGAUUGAUCAUGAAAGGCUUUGAGCUGAUAUCCACUUUCAAAAUUUCUGUCCCUUUUAUUGUUUACUCAAAGAAAACCCUCAUUCUGCCUCUUUAUGGGUCCUCUGAAUGAUUAGUAUUAAUGUAAUCAUUAGAUUGGCGAGUACAUCUUUCUUUUUUUAAACCUUUUUUAUUUUACAGAUCAUUGCAUAUAUUUUUAAAAUAUGAUUAAUUAUGACUCGUGUAUAUCAACAAAUGCGUCAUUUGAGGUGGAAUAUUUGUGAUAACAGACAAAAAGAGAUUCCUCGACAUAUUUAGAUUAUUGUCAACACAUGAAGAUGAUUUUUGGUAGCUGAAUAAAGUCACAUGAUGGAAUACAA